CAAAAUGGAAAGUUUAUUAGAAAGUUCAUCAUUGUGGAUUGAUGAAAUUAGUGAACUUCUUCCAAAUUAUACAACAGCAACAAUAAAUUAUUUACUUGAAACAAUUGGUGUAACAACUGAAAUAGCUUGUGUCAUGAAACCAAAUGAUGGAUUAUUUAUUGAUAUUAUAAAUUAUUUUAAUGAAUUAAAUUGUUAUCUUGCAUUUGAUAAUUUUCAAUUUCAAUUAUUAAAAAUUUUUUGUGCAAUAUUAAUGACAAUUGUAUUAUUAAUAUUUGGAGCAUGGCAUAUUUAUGGAAAAAGAAUAUCAGAAAGAUUUAUGGAUCCAGCUGCUAAAUUUGAUGAGUAUCGUAACACACCAAAAUAUUAUGACACAUAAAAAAAAUCCAGCUAAUUAUUAGGAUUUUUUUCUUAUAAAAAAAACUUGGAAAGUUGAUAAGUAAA